AUGAUAUCAGAAUAACUCAAAUCAGGACCAUCUACUAAAUAACUCAAUAGCGAUGAUACUCUCAGAGUUGGAGAGUGCACCGUCCAUAAAAGACAAUUAGAAGCCUUCUGCACUUCUUGUCAUGUGUAUUCCCAUCAAGUUUAUCUAGUCUUAUUUGUCCUACUUGUUUGAUGUUUGGAGAUCACAAAGGACAUCUGGUUGAUUAGAUGGAUAAAGCUACCAAAGAUAUUCGAUCAUCUAUGGAUCAGGCUGCCAAAGAUGGUAAUUUCACUCUUUAGUAUAUUCAAAUAGGAAUCUUGAGAUUAGAAAAAACAGAAACUGUUCUUGUAGACAUUAGACAUACAAAACUAACAUUCGAGGAAUCAAAACAAAAGGUAUUAAAAGAAGUUGAAUAAACUUUUGCCCUCAUUUUCAAAUUGAUUAAGUAAAGAAAGGAUGAAGUUGUCAAUUUGAUUAAUCAACAUUAUGAAAUCUAAGUUAGUAACAUUGAUACCUAAGAAUAAAUUUGGAUGGACAAAUAAUCAAGAGCAUAUGAUGUUAUCAAAUUAGCCAAAUCUACUAAUGAUUAUCAAUUAUUGGAGAAGGCAACCUACAUUUUAGAAAGUAGUUCUUAUUUCAUUAUUUGAGGUUUGGAAAUUCUAAGACAAACGCCAACAUAUAAAAAUGUUUACAUUGUCAAUUCUAUUGAUACAACAUUUAAUUUAAAUAACAUCUCAUUAAAUUUAUCUGAAUUUUAGAAAGGACUGCAAAAUUGGAUCAAAUUAGGUGAUUCCGUGCUCAUUCAAUUUAAAUGUUGA